UGUGACGUCGCCGGCCUGCAACGGUCAGUCGGUCGGUGCGGCGGCGAGAGCGGAGAAUUCGGGAGAGGGGAUUCAGGGAAAACGGCCCGAAACGGAAUAAACACCGAGGCCGCACAACGGCAUGGGGAACGCGGAGAGCGGCGGCUGCGGCGGUGCUGCUGGCGCCUGCAGCGGAGACGAGGAAGACGUGGAGGCGGAGAGCCCGGUGUUCGCGGACGGCGGCGGCGGCGGUGGUAGUGGCAGUAGCCCGGCCUGCGGGGCCGCAGGAGCAAGCGCAGGGGGCACAGCGAGGGGAGCCGGCGGUGCGGCCGUGGCGAGCUCCGGGCUACCCUCUCCCGAGACCCUUAUGGAGCAGGUGAAGCUGAGGGAGGCGGCGGGCCGGGCGGGCGAGUCGGUAGUGGCCGUGUCGGAGUCAGUUCUGGCGAGGAACGAGAGCGCUCUGGUCCGCUGGCUGGAGGAGCGGCUCGGCCGCGGAGAAGAGGCGGUGAGCCUGGAGCAGUUCUGCGAGCUGUUGGAGAGCCGAGACGCGCUGAGGGAUGAGUGCGAGGAGGCUUUUGCUCAGUUUGAUGCUGAGGGCGAUGGUGUUGUUGAUGUGGAGAGCAUGCUAAUGACUCUGAAGAACAGCAACGGAGCCAAUCUGCAGGGAGAGCUCAGUCAUGUGAUCAGGCAACUGCAGGCCUGCUCGCUGACUCCAGGAUUUGUGGAUAUAUUCUCCAAGUCUAAGGACAGACUAGGAGCUCAUGCCUCAAAGAUCCUGAAGUUUCUGCACAGGAACCGCAUCCCCAGCAGUGCCAUUCCCUUCCCUGCUUUGGAGGGCUACAACAGCAUCUGCACCAUGAGAUCUUCCGUACUGCAAGACUUCCUGGAUUAUCUUUUGCAGAAAGAGAAAGACUUGGACAUUCAGUACCGGGCAGAACUGAACCAGGACCCUGAGGUGGAUCGGGUCAAAGUUAUCUCUCAGUGCUACAGCUCUAUCGAGGCCUCGUCCAAUGCCGCUGAUGUCCAUAAGAUGACCAAUGGUGAGACGGUGUCCUUCUGGCAGUCUGAUGGCAGUGCACGCUCACACUGGAUAAGGUUAAAGAUGAAGCCAGAUGUGGUGCUGAGGCGGCUGGCUAUCGCCGUGGCCUCCAAUGACCACAGCUACAUGCCUCAACUGGUAUCGGUGUCUGUGGGGAAGAAUCGGCGUUCGCUGCAGGAGAUCAGAGACGUGCGCAUCCCCAGCAAUGUCACAGGCUAUGUGGCGCUGCUGGACAACGCUAACAUUAGUCACCCAUAUGUUCAGAUCAACAUCAAGCGUUGCGUAAGUGACGGCUGUGACACACGCAUCCAUGGCCUGAAGACUAUGGGCUACCAGGUCACUAAGAGCAAAGAGGUGUCUGUGUCGGAUGCCUCGGCUAUCUGGUACCUCUCUCUCCUCACCUCCCUGGUAACGGCGUCCAUGGAGACCAACCCUGUCCUUGCUCAGACCGUCCUUCAGAGCACGCAAAAAGCCUUACAGCACAUGCCUCCUCUGUCCUUAACUCCAUCCUCCACUGAGUUCCCCAAGUUCUUCUCUCCGAACAUUCUGGAAGAAGUGGAUGCCUUCCUCCUGCGAAUUGCAGAUUGCUGUGUGACUCCGGAUGCUGAGCUGACUCUCUUGGCAUUUGCCCUGGCUCGGGGUAGUGUGGCUAAAGUGCUACUCUCUUUGUCUGGAAUUUGUGAACGAGUGGACUUGGAAUACCGUGCUGCCUCCCUGCUGGCCUCCAUGGCCUCAGUGCGCCUCAGAAUGCUUUACCGAAACGGAAAACCUCUACAGCUGCAUCUGCAGGCCUGUGAUGUGAAGAGCCGAGAUGACAAAUGUGGCCCAGAGAAUAUGCUGACUGAGCCCUCCACGGGAGACGGCUUUCUGACUGAGAGUGGGAAAAGGAGAGCCAGUGUGAUUCUGUCUACAGAGGACCAGACGUGCUUCCAGGUCACACAGAUCAGAAUCAAAGUGCGUAAAGCGGCCAUAGGGGCUAAAUGUGGCCUAGUAUUUGCCUAUAAUGACUCCGAGGGAUUUGAUGCUGAUAAGCAUUUCAAGAGGUUCAAAAAGUAUGACUCCUGGGACUUCAAGGACUACAAAGAGUUUGUUCAGGACAAACAUUCCAAUGCGAGAGCACCAGAGGUGAGCGAGGAAGAACCCGCUGGAUGGUUUGAGCUGGAGGAGGACUGGAACGACGUGGAGAUCAAACUGCAGCAGUGCCGUGUCUCCAACUUCCUGAUGGUGAAGUUCCUGUGCACAAGGCAGGACUCAGCGGAGCGGCUAGGGGUCCAACAGCUGGCCUUCAGUGGCUAUGUGUGUCCAGACACAGAGAGACUGGGAAUAGGGGAGGAGCUGAGCGCACAGCUGGAGGGGGGCGACCAUGGCCUUAUCUCAAGCCUCGCAUUAAUCAAGAAAACCCUUUACUUCAUCCAGCAGCUCACUCGAGACAUGGACAUGUCUCUACACAAGCAGAAGGCUCUGUUAGACUUCAGUGGGCUUAACCUGCCACUCUUCUGGGACUUCUACAGAAAACUCAGGUCUAUAGAUGGAGAUGAAGCAGUGCAGACCCGGGUGCUAUUGCUGCAGCUCCUUCAGAACUGUUUCCCAGCUCUUCCUGCCUUACCGGAGUCCCGAGGCCCCCUGGAAAACACUGCAUCAUCCUCAGCUACAGCAUCUGUGAGCACAGAUGUGAGCCCUGCUGAGGCUGUAGGGGAGCUGUACAGUCAUCUCUGUCAGGUGGUGGAUGGACCUGAAGGAGAGUCUGCAGUAGAGAAAGCUCUGAGGAAAGAGGCAGUGAAGGCAAUCCUUAGUGGUGCGGCCAUUUUCUACCCAGACAAACAGAGUCGACGGGACAAGCUCUUUGACAUGAUGAAGAACAUAACAGAUGAAGAACAGCCAGACUCAGUUAAGCUGACAUUUGAGUCGCUCUGCAAUUAUUUCAGUGAUCAGGACCCAAGUGGUUUGCUGCUGCUGCCUCCCAAAGGAGCUCCUGCUGACUUUGACAUCUCCCCUGUCCUCACAGUCAUGGACACUUUGCUCCAUGUGGCCACAAAAGAGUGUGAAGUAAUGAUGGUGGACUCUAGUGGAAGACCAAGUCGGAAGGUCUUGCUGUCUCUGUUCUGGGCUCUUCAGGGCAGUCUUCUUUCCUGGUGCUUCCUGCAGCUCAAAGGAGGAGCAGCCACAGCCACUGAACUAGCCAGAGACAUCUUGAUCAGAUAUGUGGAUCAGUUCCUGACCGCCACCAGAGCCACCCUGAGCACCCUGCUGGAGACCUACUCCUGCGCUGACAUCACGGCCAAACUCGGCAGCUCCAUCCUUGCCAUGGCAACCAGACAGCUGGCAGUCUUUUUGCUGGAGUUGUGUGCUCUGGACAUCCCUCACUGCGUACUGCUCAGGAGCUUCUUCACUCUGCCGGAACUGCUCAAGGAGCUCUGCAGGAGUACAGAGGAUACCCCAAAGGUUGAUCUGGAGAGCUGUCAGCAUCCCCAGCAGCCAGUGGUAUUAAAGACAUGGACGAUGGAGUCUCCUCAUGACUACGAGGACAGCAAACAUGAAAACACUGUGUUCCUCUGUCCUGGGGCAACAUACUUUGAGGUGGAGUUUGACGACCGCUGUGAGACAGAGAAGAGGUUUGAUUAUUUGGAGUUUACUGAUUCAAGAGGAGGCAAAGUACGAUAUGACAUGAAAGUUGGCACAGAGAAGUGGCCAAAGAAGGUCACAUUCAAAGCUGGUCACCAGCUCCAGUUUCUCUUCCACUCAGACAGCAGUAACACAGAGUGGGGCUACAAGUUCACAGUGACAGCCUACGGUCUGCCGGACAUUAAUGUAUCCUGGAUCUCUGACCUCCAGCUCCUUGUCUCACGGCUGAUGGGCCGCCUGGCCUCCCGAACCAUGGCCCUGAAAUCCACUUAUGGUUGCUCUGAGGUUCGUGGUAUGAAGGAGAUUCCUGCUGCCCUGAUGACCCACGUGCUUGUCUCUCCUCUUUGGAAGCCUGUCUUCAGACAUGGUCUAAGUGGGCCUCCCAGAAGCAGAGAGUCUGAAUCUUGCACCACUGAGGUAAAAUCAGCCUCUUUUGAGGAUGACUUAGUGGAGUUCCUGGUGGAGUUUGCCCGCUGGGAUCCUUCCCAGGAUUCCUGUGAUGGCAGGGGAGAGCUUAAGAGAAAUCUCAUGCUGGCAUGCAAGAAACAUCUAAUAAGAAAUGAGUUUGCUGCAGGGUCGAAGGUCGAUCAGGCAGUUAAUGCAAUCUGGGCUGCUAUGGUGUACCACACCCCAGCCCUUCAGACGUCCCUGAAUAACUUUGUGGCUAAGCAUGGACAGACUUGUGUGAGUGAGGACCUCAUGCAGGUCUACUCACUUGCUGAUGGCAUUAGGACCUGGAUGUUGGAGAUGAAACAGCGCUCCCUAGUGAGCAAGAUGAACUUGCCUGGGGAGACAGGGGAUGGUCAUAGCGAAGUUACAAUGGAGUCUUUGGCCGAGAUCUGCAUCAGUAAGAGCUUGCUGUUAUUCAGGUUCAGUCCUAGCUGUGCUGCCCCUGUACCUCCUCCAGACCCUGAAGCCUCUAAACCAACAGAGGGCAGUAGCACUGCCCAUCUUUUACGCUCUGUCUCCAUGUCUGAAGGAGAUUUCCAGCCAUGUCCAUCUCCCUCAACCUCCCACACUCCCACAGGGGCUGAAGCUGCACCCGCCACUGGGUCAAGCCACCCCCUACGUGUGCAGACCCAGGUGUCCUCUGCCUCAGACCCUGGAGCCUCCAGCAGUGCCAGCACCAGUGCCCAAGGCUCCAGGGGCUCCACUGAGAGCCUUCACUCACAGUCUGGAGAGCCUGCGUCCCCGCUGGCUUUCUCUCGUAAGGCACCUUUCAGCCGCGGCCGCCUGAGGCUGCUGUCCUACCGAUCAGUAGAGGAGACCCGUGCUGCACCGUCGGUCAAGGAGAGAUUUCCCAUUCUCAAACACAUCUUUAGCUUCAUGAAGGACAUGGUGAUUAGUGAGACCAGCCUUCUCCAGACCCUUGCCUUGAAGAAGUCCCAGGCUAUGAGCGUGUGUGAAGUUCUGGAGAUGGUGCAGCAGUGUUUACUAUCCCUAGGAAAACCACAUCUCUUCCAAGCACCCUGUAUUUUGUUCCUCCAGGAGUUUUUGGCCUGCCAGAAAGAUUUUACCAAUUAUUUCUCACAGUUAUCAGGCUGUGGGCCAGAAUUGAAAGAGCAGAUCAGACGUUCCUAUCAUCAGAUAAUUCUUAUGCUCGUAGAGGCAGUGCAAGGCUUCAGUGCCCUCAGUGACAAAGCGCUGUUGCCUGCCCUGUCAUGUGCUCAGACAUGCCUUCUGCACCUGCUGGAUAUGAGCUGGGAGGUGCUGGAUCUGCCUCUGUUUCUGAACAUCAAGCUGCCUGACCUGCUGUUGACCAUGUCUCAAGAGAACAUCAGUGUGCAUGACAUUGCCAUCAGUCAGUGGACUGAAGAGGAUGAGAUCGCAGACUAUGAGAGGAACUCUGAGUGGAUGGAUGAAUGUAUGGACGGCAUGUUUGAGAAAUGGUUUGACAAGAUCGCACAGGCUUCCCCGGAGGACAAGAGAAAGAUGCACAUGUUCAUUGCACGGUACUGUGACCUGCUGAAUGUGGAGAUCUCUUGUGACGGCUGUGAGAGAAUCGCUCCAGGGCACCGCUACCGCUGCCUGCAGUGCAUGGACAUGGACCUGUGUAAAACAUGCUUCCUAAGUGGGGCCAAACCAGAAGGGCAUGAGGAUGACCAUGAGAUGGUAAAUAUGGAGUAUGCCUGUGACCACUGCCAGGGCCUCAUUGUGGGCAGCAGGAUCAACUGUAACGUAUGUGAGGACUUUGACCUCUGCUUUGGCUGCUACAAUGCCAAGAAGUACCCUGACAGUCAUCUUCCCACCCACCGGAUCACAGUCUACCCAAUGGUUACCAUCCGCAUCAGUGACCGGCACAGGCUUAUCCAGCCCUACAUCCACAACUACUCCUGGCUCCUGUUUGCAGGCCUGGCCCUUUUCACCUCCGAGCUGAUCAGUGAGAGGGAGCUGGAGGGUGAGCCACUGGAUGCUGUUGCUCUUGGGUAUGCAGCUUCCCUUCAGACCCGCUGCUCCGAGCUCAUCACAGAAUGUCUGAUGAAGGGGCAGACAGGGAAAGGACUGCGAGCUUCAGCCCUUUUGUCCUUGCUCUCGUCUAAUGAGUCAGCUACAGAAAGUGAGCUGUGUCCCACCACCCCAGAGUCCAGCCAGGAGAUCAGCACGGACACUUCCUCUCUACCCUGCAGCACUGCCGCCAUCUGCUCUCCACCACCCCCUAAAGACAAAAAGAUGAUUACUGAUGCGACCCCUCUUCCUAAAACGCCAUUGGUUACAGAGGAAAAAGAGGGACGAGGGAAGUUGGUUUCUCAGGACACGCUGGACUCUCCCAGUCUGAGUCAGACGUUGUCUGUGUCCAGUGAGGACACUCUCUCUCCAGGGCCCAAGGUUGCUGAGUUAAGCGGUGAGACCUCUGAGAACGUGGACGUCAGUAAAGAUCACGAAAACAGGACUGCUAAAGUGCCCCUGCAGGAGCAUGUGUUCGCUGAGUGCUCCAGGGAGAGGAUUCUGGGGCUGUUGGCAGCCAUGUUGCCUCCAGCUAAACCGGGCAGCACGAUUUCCCUGUCUAGCCUGAGCCCCAUCCUCCCCCUGCUUUUCCGCGUGGUCAUCUCUAAUGCUGGCUGCCUGAAUGAGGCCUACCACCUGACGCUGGGACUUCUGGGCCAGCUCCUGCUGCGAAUCUCACCUGAGGAGGCAGAUGCAGCCGUAAGUGAGGCGCUGUCUGAAAAAUACGAGCUUUUGGCUCUGACUGAUGGAGCUGCCACUGAAACAAAGGGCUGGAAGACCACUCAGCUUCUCUUUGGCCUCGGGGCAGUGUGCCUGGACAGUCGCAUUGGCUUGGACUGGGCUUGCUCAGUGGCAGAUAUCUUGAGGAACCUAAAUGCUUGUCCUCAGUGGUGUAGCGUUAUUGCUGCCUUCACUGACCACUGCAUUCAGCAGUUACCACAGCAACUCAAACGAAGCAAUGUCUUCACUCUACUUGUGCUGGUGGUCUUCCCUGAGGUGCUGUGUAUGGGUACACAGUCUGUGUUCAUAGACAACGCUAAUGAACAACACAGUGUCAUUCUUCUCAAACACUUCACCGAGAAGAAUCGGGCUGCGGUUGUGGAUGUGAAAACCCGUAAAAGGAGGACUGUCAAGGACUAUCAGCUGGUGCAGUCUGAUGAGAGUAGCAGCAGUCUGGAGAGUUCAUCUUCAUUGCACAGCUCUGUCCACCCGAAUCGCUACUUGAAGAAUUUCAUCUCUAUAGUGAACCACCUCCUGCAGACUGGGGUAGAGAGCAGUGCCCCCGAUGCAGUGGAGGCCACCUGGGUCCUCUCGCUUGCUCUGAAAGGCCUCUACAACACUCUCAAGAAACAUGGUGGAGAGCAGGCUCAGGAAGCCAUCCAGAGAGCCGGCCUCACCCAGCUGCUGGUCCGCAAGUGUAGCAAAGGCACAGGCUUCAGCAAGAUGUGGCUGUUGCGCGACCUGGAAAUUCUUUCCAUUAUGCUGUACUCCUCCAAGCGGGAGAUCCACUCCAUGGCGGAAGACAGUGAUUGCGCGGAUCGUGAGGAGGACAGGGAGAGGGAGAAGGAGCACGACUCUGACCACUCCAGCUGCUGUACUGAUGAUGCUGACCCCAACAGGCCUGACCCACUGGAGGGGCUAGAUGAGGAAACAAAAGCCUGCUUCCAGCUUACCCAUGAUGCCCUAAAUGCUCCUCUGCACAUCCUGAGGGCCAUGUAUGAGCUCCAGAUGAAGAGAACCGACUCCUUCUUCCUGGAGGUGCAGAAACGGUUUGAUGGAGAUGUAAUAAAGACAGAUGAGACUAUCCGGACACUUGCACAGAAGUGGCAGCCUGCCAAACGGCCGCGCUCAGAGGAACGGAUCGCCAAAGCCGUGGACACGGACAUGAUCGUCAUCCCCUGUGUGUCUAAGCCCAUCCGCUGUGAGAAGGCCACAGAGGAAACCAACAUGGUGACGCAGAAGCUGAUCACCAUUACAGAGAGCGACCUACAGCUCAGUUAUGCCAAACAGAGGCGCACUAAGAGCUCAGCCCUCCUUCAUAAAGAACUGGAUGCGCGCAGCAACAAGUCUGUCCGUCAGUACCUUUUCAAGGUGAAUGAAGCCAUCGCUAUCCUCUACGCUCGGCAUGUACUGGCAUCCCUGUUGGCCAACUGGCCCUCUAGUGCCCCCAUCAGGGAGGAGGACCUGGAGUUGAGUGGAGCUUCUCACAUGGCCUACAUCCUGGACAUGCUGAUGCAGCUGGAGGAGAAAGCAUUGUGGGAGAGGAUUCUGCAGAAAGUGUUGAAGGGCUGCAGCCAAAACCUGCUGGGUAGUCUGUCCCUGACAGCUUGUCAGUUCAUGGAAGAGCCCGGGAUGGCUGUGCAGGUCCGGGAGUCCAAACACCCGUACGACAACAACACCAACUUUGAGGACAAGGUGCACAUCCCUGGGGCCUUUUAUCUGUCGGUCAAGUUCGACUCGCGCUGCCAAACUGAAGAGGGCUGUGACGAGCUCCAGCUGGCCAGCAGCGCUGACUUCCAGCAGGACUUGCACACCUUCAGUGGCUCCUUCCAGAAAUGGGCUGAUGUGGAGAUACCAGGGGACACUCUUUACUACAGGUUCAUAUCAGACCUGAGUAACACAGAGUGGGGCUACAAGUUCACUGUGACCGGAGGACAUCGUGGACGCUUCCAGACUGGUUUUGAGAUCCUGAAGCAGAUGUUGGCUGAUGACCAGGCUCUCGCCCACCUCCCACUGACCGACAUCUGGGAAUGGCAGGUGGGCGUGGCCUGUCGUCAAACAGGUAGCCAGCGACUGAAGGCUAUUCACCUGCUGCUGCGAAUACUGCAGCGCCCUUCUCAAUGGGGCUGCGAUUUGACCCUCCUGAGGCCCCUAUGGCAGCUCUUCACCACCAUGGAGAGUGGUGUAAGUCAGGACCCCACCAGCAUCACUGUUCUUCUGCCUCUUCAUCGUGCCCUUACUGAACUCUUCUUCAUUGCUGAGGCCAAGGCCAUGGAACAGGGCAUUCUGCAGGAGUAUCUACUCGCUCUCACCACCAACGAGCAGCUCCUCACACGCACAGCUCAGGCCCUGAAGAACAUCGCUGCCAUCAGUUUGGCCAUCAAUUACCCAAAUAAAUCCACCAUGCUGCUGAACCUUUCCCCCUGAGUGCUAGCGAGCCGGGACUGCCAGCGCAGUGUCCUCUCGUGGCCACAUUAGUGAGGCAGGUAAUGGGUGCACCAGGAGAGCCCCUCAGAAAGUCUUCCAGAAUCAUCGCCCAUAAACCGGAGCCACUCCCCUGCGUUCUAACAGGAACAGAGCGAAGAGUUAUCUCCCCAUCAUUUUUAUUGGUAAUGGUUGGUGAUUUCAGGGGAUUUCAAUGGAAAGGCUCCCGUAACCGUGACUUUUUGCCUUAGGUGAGACCAAGGAUUUCCGAAGACGGUGAGGGGGAGAAAGCUGUGCAGCAUUUUGUUUUGCUUUUAUGUUUUUUUCCUUUCUUUUCAUUUUUGUAUGCUCUCUUAAUUUAUCUGCUUUACUUGAAGCCCCAUCGAGUGCUUAAAACAGGUCAUCACAGUGUGCCAAAUUUCCCACAGGUCUUUCUUCCAUUUAUUUAUGCUCAUCUUUUUUCAUCAUUGAAAGGGGAAAAAAGAAAAAGGAACGCACUCUGGGUGAGACAAUCGAUCAUAGUGAAAGCAGGUCACCUUUCCUUGCUUCACACACACUCUUCCGCCUCUCUCUGUGGACACAUGCCGCCUAAAAAUACGAGCGUGCAGUCUCAUCCGUCAGCGUGGCCCGAGACUUCAGCUCAGACGAAAACUCCAAAACGAAGCGGCACAUACCACAAACUUCUCUGCUCGAAUAGCCACUUGAACUUCAAGACCUUUGACACCAUUAGAAGAGGCGAAUGUAAAGGAACAGAUUUUGUCUUUUCUUUUAAAUUUGAAUGUUCACUCCGUCUGUAUACUGUAAUCUAGUAGCCACACUUGAAACACCACAUUCAGUCGUCAUUUGACGUAACAGUUUGGGAUAUUAUUUUGAGGUGCCAUGCAGAUACCACAGGCACCCUUCAGCUGGUCAGUCAUAACUAGAUUGGUCUUGGGUCAGUUACAAUGGGUAUAGAAGGUAAAUAUGAAAAUAAUACCCCCCUGGCUUGAGCUCUUUGAAAGGUCACAGGCUAACCUCCAGUGACCUAAUUUAAAUUGAAUUCACACUAAAGGGUGGUUUAAGUGAUGUCGUUUCCUAAAUUGAGAGAGGGUCACUUUGUCUCACUGUUCUGCGUCUUGGUGUAGCACUUGGUGUAUAAUGUAUGCAACACACAUCUGCAUGGAGUUUGACAUUCAAAGUCUGAUUUCAUUCGAGUAGAACUGUCACUCAGUACAGAUAUAAGCUGAAUUCAUUCUCUUUGGCUGCGCUGAAUGUUUCCAAACCUGAAAUGCUACUGAGAGAGUUGUUCUGGAGAAAGUAUAUGUAGAGCUCGAGAAUUGAUCACUUGUCUGCUGAAGUGGCUCUUAGAUGAUGCUGUUUUUGACCACAAGGUACGUGGUGCAGUGACUAUAUAUAAUAAUAAAUAGAAGCCUAUUUUCCACAUGCAGGUGGUCGUAAUCUUAAUGUGGAAGCUUCGGCCUCCAAGUGCUCGAAAAACAGCCAAACCUAGCUUUUCUACUAUAUUGGAUGAAUAUAAAUGGUCAGUUGUGAAUAAAUAUGGUUCUCCUUCGUGGGUGCUCAUCAUAGAAACGUGGAACCUAUAUGCACAGUUAGGCACAGUGCUUUUGAGUGUGUUACUCACUGAACAACAAUGAAAGAAGCACGCUUAAGAGUUUGAAAAGGCUUCAUCUGAAUACCCCCUCUAGUCAAAAAUGCUAAUGUUGCUAACAUUGAGUGAAAACCAAUAGCAACCAAUUAACAAUUUUAGAGACAGUGGCUACUAGUUUGUGUUUAUGCUUGGCCAUAUUAGCAAGUUGGAAAAUAGUUUCUUUCUGAAUUGGAGAGUUAGAUGAGCGUCUCGUUGAGGGAACUGAUUUUAAUAGUAUAGGCAAUGAGCUGGCAGUAGGGUUUCAUUCGUUUAUGAUAUUUGUUUUCUUUUCCCCCUGAAACCAACAGAUCUUUUCAUGGUGCACCUUAAUCACAUGUAUGUUAAUCAUAAUUACAAUUAUAAUGCUUAUUUUGAUUUGGUUUUAUUUUAGUGGGUAAAAGUCAGCAAAGAUGGUUAUUAAUGCCAAAGAAAGCAUCCGACACACUAAAAAGUUGCGACUCGUCAUCAAGAACAUCCAUAGUUCCAUUAAUCUUGGUCGUAUAACAGGAUAGUGUGCAACUAAAAAAAUAGGUUAUUCUGAAAAUUUUUUAUUUUUUGACUUUGCAGACUGACUUGGCUGUUUGUUAAAGCGACGACCGAGACUGGCAUGAAGGUUUGACAAAGACCCUUCAGUCUUCAGUGAUUUUGUUUACACAAAUGCUAGUUAUGGAGCGUUAGCCACUUCCCAGUGCCUGAACUCCAGUUUCAUGACGGCUGCCAGGUGGAAUUCCCGUCUCUCGAAGCCUCAGAUAUUAACAAGCGUGCCUAUGUUUGAAACGAAGCAAUCUUAAUUUAAGAUGAAUCGUAUGCUAGUAAGAGAAUUUCUCAGCAGUUAUAUUUUUAAAAUAGAACUAUAUGGCUUGAUUUGAAGCAUCUUUUUAUUUUCACGAAUGUCUUUUUUUCCAUUACUUUGACGUUUAAUUUGAAUUGACAUGGAUUGAAUGUAUAUAGCUGUGAAUAAUAAUGAUAAUAAUUGCACAUAUAGGAAUACAAAUCUUUCAUAUCAGCUCUCUCCCCUAAAUAAAUAUCAGAAUGAUUUAAUAUAUUGUUCUUGGUUGACACUUUGAUUUUUGUAUGCCAUGGCACUUAAAAAAAAAAAAAAAAGAUUUGAGUUUAUCUGUAAUUCGUUUUUAAUUAAAAUGCUAUUA